UGUGCACAGGUGAACCGCCAGUGCCAUACACGAAGGCAGGUGUAUGCCACCUACGCGUGCGCGCAAUACGUGUGGUAAUAUAUUAACAGACGUUCAGGUAAAGUGCAUAGCAAAGUUGAGUGGACUGGGCCCAGCCUUUCUGAAGUGUUUCACUUUGUGUUCAGUUUUCAAGGUUUUUAGUUAAACUUUUGGGGUUUUUCACCAGCGUCUCGUCGAGUGGAGAGCUUCUUGGAUGUGUAGUUCGUGUGCUCGUCCCUCUAAUCGCUGACUUUCAUCCUUUUCUGACUGCCAUACCUGUGGAGGAAGCAUCUUGUUUGGCCUAAUUUCCGUGCGAACUUCGGGAGCUGUCUUAAAGUGUUCCCCACGUUGGUAACAUUAACACGUACGGCGGUUGAGCGUAACUCAGCGUGCGUUGACGAGCUGGUCAUGGGGCGCUCGGUGAGAAAUCUCUUGCGGCAGGUGCCAGUGUUGGCCGCUGUGCUGGCGUUGGCGUGGGGACAGAACCUGGACACCCAGUGGCCGGUCAUUCACACGGGGCCAGAGGGGAGCAUGUUCGGCUACACUGUGGAGUUGCACAGGGACGGUGACACCGACUGGCUGCUCGUGGGCGCACCCAAAGCACAGACUCCACAACCUGAUGUCGUCGAAGGGGGUGCCGUCUAUAAAUGCCCCGUCCAUCCACCAAGAAGUCCUGGGAAUUGUGAACAAAUACCCUUUGACUUAACAGGUCACACUGUCGAUGACAGAGGAGGACAGAUUGCUGACAAAUCGCACCAGUGGUUUGGCGCAUCGCUGAAAAGCGCCGGCCCGGAUGGCCGGGUAGUGGCAUGUGCUCCCCGGUACACGUGGUUCUACACUGCAGAUAUGAAGGAUGACGAGCGGGAACCGGUCGGCCACUGCUACGUCAGCGACGGCCAUUUCUCCAACAUCGUUGAUUUCUCGCCGUGUGAGACAAAUGACAUUAAACUCUGGGGAUUCAAAGGUGUGACGCAUUGUCAAGCAGGCUUCAGUGCUGAAAUUACCAAAGAUACUCUCGUUAUGGGAGCUGCUGGAAGUUUCUAUUUACAAGGUCAAAUUUACGUCCAGAACCUCACAUCGAAUGCUGCGCCGUUGGCCACACCGGAGUUGGACCCGAAGUUCGAUGACAGCUACAGCGGCUUUGCUGUGGCACUGGGUGAUUUCACCGGUGACGGCCAACCCGAGUAUGUCGUGGGAGCACCGAGGGGAAAUUAUCUGACAGGCAAAGUCACCAUCUUUGACAAGGACUUGCAACCCCUUGCAGAAUUGCAAGGGGAGCAGAUUGCCUCAUACUUUGGCUAUGCAGUGGUCGCUGAAGACGUCAAUAAUGACGGGUUGGAUGAUGUCAUCGUUGGAGCACCCAUGUUCUCUGACAGGCGGACAACGGUUGAGAAAUGGGAGGCAGGGAGGGUGUACAUUUACUACCAAAAUGCAGAUCAUAGUUUUUCUGAACCAAGUACUAUCACCGGUGAGAUGAUAAGGUCACGGCUGGGGUCAUCCAUCACGUCGUUAGGAGAUGUCAACCAGGACAGUUACAAUGACGUAGCCAUCGGGGCACCAUACCAGGGUGACAACCAGGAAGGUGUGGUAUUCAUCCACCUUGGGACACCAGACGGACUGCGGCUCAGGAGCACGCAGGUUUUGAGAGCAGCUGAUUUCAACCUUCAGAAUGUGACAACAUUUGGCUACGCUUUGUCUGGAGGGCUGGACAUGGACAAAAAUAAGUACCCAGAUCUGUUAAUUGGAGCCCAGAACUCAGAUUUAGCAGUACUCGUACGAUCUCGUCCAGUUAUUUUGUUAAAAGCUUUUCUCUCUGUUUCACCGGAGGGAAUCAACUUGGAGAACAAGACUCACUUACUGCCUGAUGGGAGUCUAGCAACAAGUUUUGAGAUUACAUCCUGUUUAACGUACAAAGGCAAACACAUUCCAGACACUGCACAAAUACAGUACAAGCUGUCCCUGGACUCCUUGAAGAUGGUCAACCCGAGGGCGCUCUUUGCUGAUGGCUCAGCCCCGGGAACCAACCAGGACAUCACCAAAAUGGAGCUGACCAAGAACACCGAAUGGUGCCGAGAAAACCUAGCAUAUGUCAAGGCGGGCAUCAGGGAUAAACUUCGUCCAAUCUCUAUCAACCUGGAGUACAGCUUGAACGACGAGGAUGCCGUCUUCGCUCCCUACGAGCUGCAGCCUUUCCUGAGUGCGGAAUCCUCCUCUGUCACCAUGGAGCAGGUGUACAUCAACAACAACUGCGAGGACAACAUUUGUGUCCCCGACUUGGACGUGAAAGCAUCCACGUCUACCAGUGAUUUGGUGAUUGGCAGUAGCGACUCCAUCAUCCUGGACAUCGAAAUACUGAACCGGGGAGAGGAUGCCUUCCUAGCAACCUUGAGGGUCGUCGUGCCGACAGGGUUGCAGUUUGUGCGCGUCCAACGAAAGGAAAGCGAUUUUUCGAUCACUUGCAGCGAUGAUACAGAAGUGGAUACCAUCAUCUGCGAUGUUGGUAACCCACUCAUCGGUGGGACCAAGGCCGAUUUUGGUCUCAAGUUCUCCAGCUUCCAACUGAUCGGGGACACGUCAUCCGUCACGUUUGCUCUGUCGGCCAUGAGUGAAAACUUGGAGGCAUCCCCAGAUAAGUUGAUCAACAACUACCUGAACAUCACGGUGGGAGUCAAAGCAAAAGUAGAUGUGGUGCUACUGGGGCGCUCCAUACCAGCGCAGGUGGCCUUCACGCCCGACGGCAUCGACAAUCCCGAGAUCAUCAAGGAUAGCGAAGCAGGUCCUCUCGUCGUUCACGUCUAUGAGGUAAGCAACGCAGGACCCAGCAAUGCCGGCCGGACUUCCUUCGAUGUCUCCUGGCCGAUGCGGGACGAGGACGGCGACUUCUUGCUGUAUCUGAUCCGGGUGGAGCCCAGCUUGGGCAGUCGCUGCAAUGUCCAGGGGGCCGUCAACCCGCUGAACCUCACGAUCGAAGAAGACACCCAAGCUGGUGGUAACGAGAGUGUGAGCAGCACCCGUGACGUGGAGGCAGACCGGAAGCGACGCCAGGCAGAGCAGCCGGAGCAGCAAAUAGGUAAGGCGGACUGCUCCACGGGCAACUGCCUGUCCAUCAGCUGCUCCAUCCAGGAGCUGAAGAGCGGGGAGAGCGAGGUCAUCAAGUUUGUGGCCCGGCUGUGGAACAACACCCUGAUCGAGACGGACUAUGACCGGUUUGAGAUUUCCUCCCGUGGUGUUGCCAGAGUGCUGGACCUUCCCUAUGCCAUACCCCCACCAGAGCUCCCCCAAGUCAUGAUGGAGGUCUCCACCAUAGCGAGCCCAGAUGAGCCGGUCGUGAAGAGGGUUCCCAGCUGGAUAAUCAUUCUCGCGGUGCUAGGGGGCCUCCUGCUCCUAUUGCUGGUCAUCCUGAUUCUCUGGAAGUGCGGCUUCUUCAAAAGGAAAAAGUACAGCCCAGUGGACAGUGACGAGAAGAGAGCUGAUUUAUGAUGAGGCUGAGUGGACUAGGAAGGGCUUAGACAACUCUAUUUUCUGAAUUUUGAUGCAUUUAUAAAACCAAAAAAGUACACAUUUUCACGCAUGCCUUAUGUAAGUUGUCUCAAAAAGCUUUUUCCAAAUUCUGACAUUGGGUGCAGUUAGCUUGUUUUUCUUUCUUUCUUUCUUUUGUGACCCUGUGAGUGAACAGUUCUUUUUAGCCUGAAGGAAAUACUGUUUGUGUUUGUAGAGGACAGUUUUUGAUGUGCAAAACAUCUUGACGGUUCUUUGAUAUACCGUCUAAAGUUGAGCCGUGUCCAACAGGGUCUUUUGUGUCUGUGGCUUUAACUUGUAUGAUAUUGGUAUGAUGUGGCAAAGAGCCAUAAGCCAUCAGACAACACUGGCAGUGCCUACUUUUCAGGCUCGCAGCUUCACUUCCGUGCAAACAGUGAUAACUUUGGGUGACCUCUGAGUUUUACGGCAUCCUUGUGAAUUUUGUACUUUUCGCUGUUCUAGUCUGUGUCACAUUUGCCGUUCGUGUUUGUCAGAAGUUUUCAAAAUCCGUCUUUUAAUGUAAUUUGCCUUUACGGAAAAAAAAAGGGUCUUCCACUUGCACGGUUUUACUUCCUUGUCAGUACUGCAGAAUUCCUUUGGGAACAUGGUGUUGAGGUUUCUAAGAGAGCGGUUUUUGGUUAGCUUUGAGCACUUUGCCUAACUCUUGGCCUCAAAAAGUGCUGUAAAGAUUUUGCCCAUUGUAUUCAGUUCCAAAAGUGUGCGAGCUAGCUUUAGGAGGGGAAAACUUAUGUUAGUGUGAGUGUGGGUGAGAGAGAGAGAGAGAGAUACCGUGUGACGAACUGCGUGACAAAUGGGGUGAGAGAUGAGUGAAAAUGACGGGAGAAACGUUUGUUAUAUUUUGUAUACCAGCAGUUUUGUAUGUGUGAAGUUAGCACACAUUAGAUAUUUGUUCUCAAUUUCUCUUAAAUGCUCACUGUUAUUUCACUUUCAAAGGUUCAUUUUUAGCCAGGUGUUUUAUUGUUUGGAUGUAAAAAAUUGCUUCAUUUCUGAAUAGAACUGCAUUUACAGUUUUUUUUGGGGGGGGGGUUAUGCCGUAUUCUGACAAAAUAGCUGGGUAUGAUCCGUAGAGCUGUGGUAACUAGAAGGCUAACUCCCUUACUCCCCAUGCAAAUUAGAAAGCUUUCCCAACGCAGAUUUUUUGCUUUAUUUCAUGGUGUUCCUCUUUCAGUGUAGACAGUUCCAUUCCACCGGACUUUAAGCAUGGAAUGGAACAUUCCAUUUGUCAAAUCGUGAAAAUUGCCUUUACCACUGCAAUCAUAAACAUUGCCUACGAGCACAAUGGCCAAAACCAUCUGCAGCGUGCACACGCAGGCAUGUCUGGCCAGAGGAGCGCCAAUGCUUGUUUGCAGAUCUAGCAGUCCUAUUUUUUUGGCUUGUUGACUCAAAAUGACAGAGUAUGAAUUUGUUGUAGGAGACGUGCUGAUAGACCAGAAAUGUGCUCAUAUGUUUGUACUCAACAUUUUGGAGUGUGUUUUGUUUUUGUAAGUACUUCUAAUUGUAACUCGCAUUUCAUGGUGUGCAUUUGUGGGUAGUUAUUAAUAAGUUGUGAUUUCUAUUAAUAUUCAAAACAAUUGUUAUAUUCCCGAGUAGUCGCAUAUACUGUUUUCACUUAGCUCAUUUUUUUUGUUUCGUGGCAAUGUAUAUUUCAAGCUCUAAUCAGGUCAUUUCAUUUAUCAGGGCUUCUAUUCAAAGGUUGAAGUUUGUACCAUUUGUAGUUAUUAAGCUGCACGACACAUGUGAGUCAUGACAUGUCGAAAAACGGGGUUGUGAAAACAUAAAAGAAGAAAAUGUCAGGCUGAUACUUGGAAGCUGAGAGAGACAAGAAAUCUUCUUCCAGGAGACUGUGACUGUCUGGUAUCCAGUCUCUGUUCAUACUGAAUUCUCCUGCAGACUGUCACAUCCAAGAAACGAAGGGGAGCUGUACAAGUGUUUCCCCCAGCAUUCACUGUUCAAAGUUGCAGGCUUUUUUUUUUUUUUUUAGUGGGUAGCCCCGGUAUAUGGCAGGUGAUGAAGCUGGGAGUCAUAAGGAACGUCCCUCCUUUCUCUGAAAAAAAACUUGUCUGGUUAAAUAAUUGCUGGAAUUGUUAUCGCUCAUUGGUUUGAAAUACCUGAAUAGCAAAGAACCUCAAGAACCAAGUGCAUUGUACAUUUAUUAGCUGUAAUUCAGAAUUGUGAAUUAGGAAAAAUGCUAAUCUUACAACUGAGUAUUUUGGUAGAGAAAUGUUACAUUUUUGUAAGCGUAAAAAUAAAUAAAUGCAAUCCAUUGUAAAUGUCUUUCCAAGAAACUUUUUAUACUAAAGUUAUUGCAAAUGAUCAGGUUUAUUAUAGAUUAAAAACAAAAGCGAAAUAACAGGAAAAUAAAGACUAUUCUUUCAUUUAGACGA